AUAACCGCAUUCACCUGCCUAACACUCGACUGCUACGGCACGCUCAUCGACUGGGAGCGAGGGAUCUACAACUCCCUAGCCCCCCUCCUCACGCAACUCGCACCCACGCACCCCUUCCGCAGCUCACGCGCCGCCUGCCUCCGGGCCUUCAUGACGCAAGAAAGCCAGCUGCAAACAACGCACCCGUCAGCCCCCUACAGCGACCUCCUAGCCGCGAUCUAUCUAGCCCUAGCAGCGGAGCUCAGGCUCCCCGCGCCCAGCGCCAGCGACGCCGCCGCCUUCGCCGCCUCCAUCGCCUCCUGGCCCGCGUACACAGACACCGUGCCCGCGCUGCAGCGCCUCGCGCGGCGCUACAAGCUCGUCAUCCUCUCGAAUGUGGACCGCGAGUCGUUUGCAGGGACGCUGGCGGGCGGGCUGGCCGGCGUGACGUUCGAUGCCGUGUACACGGCGCAGGAUAUCGGGUCGUAUAAGCCCGCGGCCCGCAACUUCGAGUUUUUGAUCGAGCGCUGUGGGAGCGAUUUGGGGGUUAAGAAAGAGGAGAUUCUGCAUACCGCCCAGAGUCUGUUUCAUGAUCAUGUCCCGGCAGGCAGGGCGGGACUGGCUAGCGCGUGGAUUGCGAGGGGCACGGGGCCGGGUGAGGAAGAGAGUGCUAUGGGGGGUAAGAUUGAGGAUUUGGAGGAUAGAGUGGAUCUGACGUGGCGGUUUGGGAGUAUGGGCGCUAUGGCGGAUGCGGUUGAUGAGGCGGUUGCGAAG